CGGGCUGUCGAGUUCAUUCGGGCAUACGGGAAAGUGGUCUACAUGUUUGGGUCACUGGAGAUGUUGCAGCAGGUCAUAGGCCUGGCACAGGCUCAGAACAUGACCAACGGCGACUACGUCUUCUUCUACGUAGACAUCUUGGAGGAGAGUCUUAAAGCUGAGGGACAUCGUGAGGCAGCCAAGCCCUGGCAGAGCAAGGAGGGCCAGGAUGGGGGAGGCCUCCGAGAGGCUUUCCAGACGGUGCUGAUGAUCACUUCCAAUGCGCUUCAGACCUCCGAAUACCAGCGUUUCCACAGCCAGGUGCUCCUGCGUGCCCAGAAAGACCAUGGCGUGGAACUCGGAGACUCACUGAGGAAGAACAUGUUGGCUGCCUAUUACCAUGAUGUGGUGCUCCUAUAUUUCCGGGCACUGAAUGAGACGCUGCGUGAAGGAGGAACCAAGCGGGACACCAGCCGCAUCCUGGAGAAGAUGAGGAACCUGAAAACAAUCCAGGGCGUCACUGGGACAGUGAGCAUUAACAUUGAAAAUAUCCGAGAAAUGGAUUUUGCGAUAUGGACCAUGGCGGAUGUGGAAAGUGGAGAAUAUCAGGUGGUGGGUCGUUACAUGGCAUCGGAGAAGCAGAUCAAGUGGCAGGGGACCAUUCAUUGGAAGAAGGGGGGGCCUCCUCUUGACAACCUUUCUUCUGUUUCUGGUAUGAAUAAUGUCACCUAUGAGCAGCAUCCUGGGCAAGUCCAGGUCUUCAACCGAAGCGUGGCUGGUUUUCUGUGGUAUGAGAGAGGUAUUCUGUGUGCAUUCUCCAGUGCGCUCUUCCACCCACACUCCACGGCUUAUGGUGGUGGUCCCAAGCUUCUGGGCUGGUGCCCCUAA